GUACGAGACAAGAUCUCGUCGCAAGAAGUAGUGUCGGGCGGAAGCUUCCGAUAGAAUUGUAAAGUUUUGCCGUUGGAUCCAUCAGGAAGUUUAAACAACAUUCACUUAAAAAUGGACUGACAAACUUAAAUUUUCAGAACAACAAGAUCAGCAGUUAAUUUUACAACAUUUUUUCAACAAAUGCAUUUAGUAAAUAAGUAGUUGCCACAUCCAAAGAGGGCCGAAAUAGUAAUGCAAACAUCUGAAGAAGGCAUUCAACAGACCGAACUAAAAUCGAGUCCCGGCAAUCCAUUUAAGAAUCCGCAACAAAAUUUACAGCACUCAGUCUAUCCACAACAAUAUCAUAGCGCUAGCAUAGACAGCGGCGUGAAAGGAGGUGAAACUAAAUUUGAGUCAUGGAGCAAUUUCAAGAGUUGGAUGAUACGAUGGAGAGGUUCCAGACGACUGGUCCUUGUCAUCGUAGCCAUUGCGUUGCUUUUGGAUAAUAUGCUUUUGACAGUUGUCGUUCCGAUUAUUCCCGAGUUUCUUUAUGACAUAAGACAUCCCGAUGCACCACUUUCAAGCUUUCCCAAGUCACCGCCACCACAUCAGAUUUAUACGACGUCAAGUUCUGAACUUGAAGACUCAGACUUUACAACUAUUGGCUAUGAUAACGUAAGUUGGUAUGUCGAACGUGAAGAACGUCACAAAGAAUUGGUUGCAGAAACAGCAGAAGUUGGCUUGAUGUUUGCUUCAAAAGCUUUCGUUCAACUCUUAGCAAAUCCUAUCGUUGGACCUUUAACUCACAAAAUUGGCUACAGCAUUCCAAUGUUUACAGGCUUUGUCAUCAUGUUCUUAUCAACCUUAAUAUUUGCAUUUGGUCGAACUUAUCCAGUUUUAUUUAUUGCACGAGCACUUCAGGGGAUUGGGUCAUCGUGUUCAUCUGUAUCAGGAAUGGGCAUGUUGGCUGAUCGUUACACUGACGAUAAAGAGCGUGGAAAUGCGAUGGGGAUUGCAUUAGGUGGAUUGGCUUUAGGAGUGUUAAUUGGCCCACCAUUUGGUGGAAUCAUGUACGAGUUUGUUGGAAAGACCGCGCCGUUCUUAGUCUUGUCAAUACUUGCACUUGGCGAUGGAAUGCUUCAACUGUUCAUGAUGCAACCUUCAGUGACUCACACAGAAGCUGAAGCACCAUCAUUAAAAGCUCUUAUAAUGGAUCCUUACAUUUUAAUCGCAUCUGGUGCCAUAACAUUUGCAAAUAUGGGAAUUGCAAUGCUUGAACCGUCGCUUCCUAUUUGGAUGAUGGACAACAUGGAUGCUUCGAGAUGGGAACAAGGAGUGACAUUCUUACCAGCUUCUAUAAGUUAUCUUAUUGGUACAAAUCUCUUUGGACCACUUGGACAUCGAAUUGGAAGAUGGCGAGCUGCUUUAAUUGGACUUGUCAUCAUUGGCGUUUGUUUAAUUGCUAUUCCAUCAGCAACUUCCAUCUACCACUUAAUUUUACCAAAUGCCGGCUUAGGAUUUGCGAUUGGAAUGGUCGACUCUUGUAUGAUGCCUGAACUCGGAUUUCUUGUUGAUAUUCGGCAUUCAGCUGUGUAUGGAAGUGUUUAUGCUUUAGGCGAUGUCGCCUUUUGCAUGGGUUUCGCUAUCGGACCAGCACUUAGUGGCACAUUGGUAAAAAACAUUGGAUUCGAGUGGAUGAUGUUUGGCAUUGGCAUUUUAUGUUUCUGUUAUGCACCGUUGCUUUUACUACUCAAAGCGCCACCGACAAAAGAAGAGAAGAAGCAAUUGAUAACUGGAGAUCGUUCGAAUGUUCGCUAUCAAUCCUAUCAAAAUGAAGACGAUGACGAGUAACAACUCGAACUCAACAAGACAACAAACUUUUAUGGAACCAGCUAAGCUUUUAAAAAUAUGCAUUUAUAUGAUUGAUAUUCAUUUUAAAUUAUUUAUUUUAUUCUAAAUGCUUUUGUUUACACUUGUUAUCAGAAGCACCAACAAACGGAAUUCUUCAUAAUUUAUAAAUCUUUAAAAUGAAUGAAUGAAAUUUAUUUUCAGAAUAUCGCAUUUUAUCUUUUCCACACUACUUUUGCAUUCAAUUUAUCAUCUUAAUCACAUGUAUUUUUGCUGAAAAGCCAAAGUUUUGCAAUAGCAAUGUCAACAUUAUUGUACCAUUGAGCUCAUAUAUACCUUUGUAAGAAGAGCUUUUAUUAUUCCAUGAAAUAUUAAAUGAAUCAUUAAUGUUCAUUGCUUAAUCUUACGUAGAACAUUAGAAAAUGGGAAUUAGUCAAAAAUAAGUAAUUUAUUCAACAAAAACGUUAUGGUUUUUUAACGGGAAAAAAUGUUUAUCCAGAUUAUGGCAGAUUUGAUUGGAAAAUUAUUAAGAAUUAUCAUACAUACAAAUUACAUAAAAAACUAUACUGAGAGAAUUUAAAUUAUCAAGAAAAUAAUGUUAUUAAAAAGAAAUAAAUGUAUUAAAUGGUGUUGAUGUCUUUAUUGAGAUAAAUAUCUUUGUAUCAUGGUCAAAAAUAUCUUUAAAUCAUUUUUAAUAUCAACAAGAAAGAAAAUUUGAAUGGCUGCAAAUUUCCUUUCUUCUUGACGAAAAUAUAAGAUUGAGGUUUUGUUUAUGACAUUUUAAGUUCAACUACAUGAGUUAGAAAACAUGAGAUGAAGCUACUUCCAGCUUAAAAUUGAAAGUAUUUUACUUAUAAGAAUAAUCUUCUGUGUUUUAAUAAAAGGUGAUCUCAAUUCAUCAUAUUAUGAACUAUAUUAAUGUACUUAAUUAAAUGUGCUUAAACAAACCCCCAAGAUAAAAAAAUUGCUGAAGAUUUGUUGUUUCUUCUAAACAUAAAGUCAUAAAAUUUACAUUUUUGAGAAGAAAUUUAAUGAAAGGAAGAAGCUUUAAAUGAAUUGUAGGUCAAUGUAGGAGUUGACAUGAAAAAUAAAUGUUUAUUAGCAUGAUGUGAAAAAAAAUCCAUAAAAACAUGUGAGAAUCUAAAUGUUGAAUUAAUGUCAUAAAUUAUCUAAAUAUUUUAAAAAAGAUGCUGAAAAUUUUAUUAUCCACGAUGUGUAUUUGCAGUAAUAAGAAAAUUUAGAAAAAUGCAUUUGAUGAAUCAUAAAAGGCAAAUUGCGAUUUUUAUCAAAUUUCUCCCCAUUAUAUAUCCAACAAAGUAUAAUAAUCGUAAAUAUCUAAAUGUAGUUUUUAUUGCAAUGACUAUUAUUAUUACAUUACAUAAAAUUCAAUCCAUGAAUUGCUGACUCAAUCAAAAUCUAUGGCAAAGUGAAUUAUUUAUCUUUCUGGCUUCAUUUAAAUUAUGUUGUACAGAGAAAAACGUCUUUCGACUUUCACUUCUGAUUUAGAUUUUCAAAAUAUUCAUCAUCUAUUAUCAGAAAUUUGGCGUAAACGAAUCAGCAUAUCUCAAAAUAAAUUAUGUGUAUCAAUAACAAAUAACCAAGAGAAAUCAUAUAAACAAAAUUUGAAAAGAAAGAAAGAAGCUUUGUGAGCUUUUUCAAAGCUUUCAUAAACUCUUAAUUAAGCUUUCAUUUUUUUAAUUUCUCUGAAAACUUCAAAACCGUUUAGUUUCAUUAAUACAAUUUUUAUUUUUAAAUCGAUAUAAAGAAUUGUACGCUAAACGUUAUUGUGAAACGACAAUAACCAGCGACACAAGAAAUGAAUAAUUUUUCCAUGCUAAGAACUCUUGGAAAAUUGUGUUUUUUGUUGUUCGUUUAAAGCUGUCGCAACAUGUUGAAUGAAAAUAUUGAUUUAUUGUAUAUUUUUCUUGAGAAAUCAUUAGCUGGUUUUGGGGUCAAAAUGUAACAAAACGAAGGAAAAAAAUAGAACAAAACACGAGUUAGAAUUUAGUAAAAAGCUUUUCUGCGCUUUUAAUAAAUUGCAAAAGUCCACACAAUGUUGCAGCUACUUGGUUGCCAUAAUAAUGUUUGAGAAUAGUCUGUAGACACUCUUUUGAAUGCUUAAAUAUUUACUCAUCUAUCUGCUUAAAUAAAAGAAGAAAUGUUUUAAUGGACAAUUAUAUUGAAAACUAUUAGCAUAUAUUCUAUGAUAUUUGAAGAAGAAGUUUGUUUAAAAUCAAGUUUGUGACCACAUUUAAAGAGAGAUUAAAUAUAAUAAGAAAUAUUAACUACAUUAUGACAACCUCUGCUCAGAAUACAAUUAUUAACUAACGAUGUUUAUUACUUCCUUAAAGAAUUAUAUCUAAUAAUAUUCCACACAAAUUUCUAUUAUGAUGAAGACAAUUUACAAUUAUUGAUGAUAUAAAUGUACAAUUUUAAAAGAAAAAUGAAAAGGGAACAUAAAAAUAAAGAUGUUGUUGUUGUUGGGAAAAACCUACAAAACAAAUGAAUA